AUAUAGCGGCGCGACGAGGUCGACCGGUCGCGAAGAAACUGUGAUACGUAACGCGGUGAAGAAAGAGGAGACGCGUGCGGGACUCCAUAUAAUAAAAGUGAAAACUCGUUCCUCCGGUGUCGUGGUUCGGCUACUCGAACGAGAAUCCGUGGAGCCUGUAUCCCAUCACCCCUUCGUUUGGAUAUUUCGGACUACUGCAAGAAACUCGUGGUUGGAUCUCGAAGGAACGUGUGGCGUCGAACCAACCGCUCGUCGUUGGAUCGAACGGGCAACCAGCGUGUGCAUCAGUGGCGAGAUUCCGUGAUGCCACCACCGCCGAGUGUUUGGAAUCGUUAAGAACGGGCCUCGAAAAAUGGGCUCGAUCUUGGGAGACGGGACGAGCCCCGGAGGCUCAGGACCCUCCCGAUGCCUCUUGCUUUUACAAAGGUCCCUGGCGAUUCAGCUGACUAGGGGCCCGCCUCCUCAGGUUCUGAACGCCAGCCCACGGGAGAGUCCCAAGGAGCAUCCAGCCGACGAGAUGUGGAUGUACGAUAAAGGUUACAAUUUGUUUCAGAGCUUUUUGGAGGCGAACUCCAAAUGCUGGUGGAACGCAGCCUUGGUGGACGCAACCCGACAACUCAGGUACAAGGGUCACGUGUCACCUGGGGUGCUGAUGGUCGGUGGACCACCCUGUGCCCUCGAGGUCUUGAGGGCAGCCUGGGCUCGGAAUGUCCUACGACCGCCGGCUGAUCACGCGAUAACUUGCCUUGGCGACAUCGACGAUUGCCUGGUUGCCCCAGUGGCCCAAGGACAAUUCACACCUCUACCGGAAGCUCUUUGUUGGGCCAUUUUGGAGUUGACUUCUCAGAGGCAAGCUGCCACGCUCGACACGCUCAGGUCCGCCCUUAGGAAUGCAUUUCCGGCGAUGCAGAGACCGAGCCGCGAAUUAGUUUACGACGCCCUCGCGAAACUCAUGCAAGAACGAAAAAUUUAUCACACGUCACAAGGUUACUUCGUCGUUACGCCCGAGACCAGGAGGCUGAGGCGCGAUUCCAGCAACUCUAGGAGAUGUUCCAGAGAGGUGAGCGGAUCGAGAGGUCAGGGUAGCAUGCUCAUGUCCAACGACGAAGCUAUGGCGCUCGUACACGGUGAGAUGCUAACCCUGAGGGACGGCGACGUGACGCAUCAAGCUGUGCAGACGAAUCUCGCAGACGUUAUUUGCGGAGGUAACCCCAACGACAAGGUUCUGUUCGCAAGAUGUCGAUCGAUGCCGGGUCGCCUCGAGAGGCGACAUUCUCUGCGACUUUGGGGAUCCGCCAGACGUUUACCCAGAAGCGGAAGUUCACGGUCUUUGCCGCGAAGGCCAGAAAGAAGCGAUACUUCGUCGAGUGCGGAAUAUGCGAGCACCGACAGCGCACCCCAUAGUCCAACCAGUUUCUCCGGUAUUUUUUCAGAGAAAAUAGGUCUACUUUCGAGGCUAUUCCGACGAAGUACACGAAGAAAGGGUGCUCCGUUAAUGGGCACGUUCAGUGCUCAGUAUCCUCCUACCGAGUGGUUUAAUCCACGUGUCGUUCAUCUACACAGCGUAGCCACGCAAACGAGAGCCGCUAGCCCUUCGAUGAUGGAGGGUCUAGCUCAGUCACAGGCCAGUUUCCAAGUAUGGGAUGAUUCGAGCUCGGUGCGAUCCGCCACGCUGCCCAGGCGACAUCGACGCCAAGCCAGCGGCGAUUCCUCUAGUUUAUUGGCGAACUCGACGCCCAGAAGUUCCAGACGACAUCGAUCACCGUGUUCGACAAUGCCCAGAUCAAAGUGCUCUAGUUUAAGCAGAUGUACGUCCAGAGCUUCUGUCCUGCCGCCAAGUACCAACCAAGAACCGUAUCAGAGUCGUAAUCAAACGCAAAAUGGUAAAAAUUCGGCGAACUCGUCGCCUAGUAGAAGCGGCGGAAGUUCCGGAUCAGUUAGAACUACGAAUGCUAGCCCCGCGAAAACGGCCACCCUGGGCAGAUCCAGCACGAGACAAUCUAAUUCUAGACGUCCCAGUCACGAUUCCACUGGUAGUGGUACCAAAUCAAACGGAUCGCCUCAGCAUAAGGUUCUACAAAAGACAUCAUCCGGUCACUCGUCCCACUCCAGUGGAAAGUCGAUUUCGAGCGGUAAACUCUCAUCGUCGCCGUUGAAAACAUCCACGUUACCAGCAAAAUCCUCGCCGCUCAAAGUGGUGCAACAAGGAUCCUUAACCCCGCUUCAAGAGGCACAAAAUUCAAUAACUCUACAGGUGUCGACGAAUUUAAGUCCGGUCAGUCCAUCGCAGGAACAACGUACGAUACAGAACAGCGUGACGCUAGCCUCGAAUGCGACCAGUACGACAACCAUCUCCGGGUCCCCUGGCACAAAGAUCUACGUGCAACAGAACAACUCGCCCAUGAGAUCCGUCAUCACGUUUGAAAAUGGCACGGUGAAGACCAAAGUAGCAGACAAGGAAACGAUGGACUGCAAGGAGAAACAGGAUCGGGAAUUGAUCGGUGAGAAGCUCUAUAAGACCAAGAUAGACGAGGAGAAGCUAUUCAAGUCGAAGCUCGACGAAGAGAAGUUGAACAAGUCGAAGCUGGACGAAGAAAAGUUGAUCAAAUCGAAGCUCGACGAAGAGAAAUUGAACAAGUCGAGCAAGCUCGAACGUCCAUCCUCCCUUUACGCUUCCAAAGAGUCGAAACCGAGCCAUCUUUUGUCAGAAUCCGAUAAAGAGAACAAGCCGAAAGCCGACGAGGAAAUGCCUAACAAAUUGAAACUGACGAAUCGGUUGAACAACAGCCAAGCUCAUUUAAUAGACGGAUCGACCAAUAAUAUAGACAAGAAUUCUUUGGUCAACGAGCAUCCUCCAUCCGCGUUAACCAGCAUGAAGAAUACCAACGAUGCCAUGAACAAUUCAAGGAAAUUGAGUUUAUCGUUAUCGAAGGAUGCUUUAAGCUACAGGAACCUUCUUCGUCCGGAUUCGAAAAGCAACAUCGCGUCGAAUCCACCAUCGCCUACCAAGUCGUUCGAUGGCUUCGGCGGAUCCUUUAACAACGUCUACAUAGAGAAUCUGGAAAGUUCGAAGCAGCAAAAAGCGCCGCAAGGUUCGGAACCGAAUUUGGAGAAAACGGUCAGUCGAGGUGAUCUUUGUUCGUAUCCAAGCCUAAGCGACAUGCAGGUUCAAUUCACUAGCCUAGCAGCGCAAAAGAUUCUCAAAGGCUGCCCGAUUAACAGCGUGGACACGUUGGUUGAAGUCAACAUGGCAGCUGCGGAGAAGCCGAACAACUGCGACGUUACCGUUCACACUGACUUUGGUCUCGUUUAAAGUUUUCUUCUUCGUCGAUCAUCAGGAAACCGGGCGUGGGUUUUUCACACGUUUUUCGUACAGUGAAAGGUUGAACUUUAGCACGAUGAACUUCUCGGUAUCUCGUAUGCUUGCGUCGUGGUAGAAAUGUUAAAUAGCAAACGGAAGAACGCUGUACUGCUUAAGCAUAUAGAGAGAGCAUUGUAACAGUUACCAAUAAAUAAACGUUUGUUAUGUUCAUCAAAUAUAGUAUAUGUAUCGUACGAUCGCACGUUAUCUCUUUCCCCGACAGUUUUCACGAUCUGAUUAUAGUAUUCACGUUAAACGAAUCCCACGCGAUUCUCAUUGAACAUUGUGCUUCCAUUUGAUCAUCUAUAUGCUUACGCGGCUGAACGUUCGAUUAUAUUGUGUAAAAUAAAAGCCAGCCAUUCCAUAGAGAAUAUUCGUUAGCUUAUUUCUAGUUGCUCAGAGCUCAACACUCAACCAAUCCGGCGAACUCUAUUAAUUAUCAAGCGUUGAUUUAAUACGAAUUAAUUUUAUCCGCGUGAUAUUUAAGUAACAAAGCGAUAUUUGAAUGCUGCUUGCAUUGUCGUUUCACCUCACUCAUCGUUAUUGGUCACUCUCGUUUGAAGAUAUCGCAUUUUUCGAAUUAUCACACCUUUCAUAAAGAUGUUUAUUAAGAAAUCAAACAAGUAAUAUUCCUUUGUCAAAAAUUAUUUUCCAUUGUUGCUCUUACAUACAGCUUAAAAAUUAUUCAGAAAACAAUGCAUUGCGCGCAUCAAAUUUCAUCGUGCCUCCAUUGCCCUUUCAUAUUCUUUUCUUUUUUGAUUCUUGGUUUAGUUUAAUAUAUUACGCAAAAUGAACUAUAAACGGGUACCACAGCGUCGUAACGUUAGCAGUUUUGCAUCGCUUUACCGAGCUAAAGCGAUUUGCUAAAGCAAUACUUCACGUACGAUAGCCUGACAAUUUGCCUUACUCGAACGGAAGAAAAAAAAGAUGAUAAUAUUUUAUGCAAAUUCCAAAUACUGCCAAUUUCGUAGCGUCGAUUUAGGAUAGCGAUCAAUCUCGAGUCUUCGUGGAAGGUGUAAAAAAAAAAACCGAUAACGUAACGUGCACCAUUCGUUCAUCUCGAAUUAGUUGUCACAGUGAACGAGCGUCUAUAAGCGUUAGACGAUAUUUUAUUUCGGUCAAUAUGCCAAAGUAGAGAGGAAGCGUAGUGCAGUCAACUUUUUGUAGAGUUUAGGACAUAGUUAUUGACUACACGAGCUAUAAUUAACGACUAUAAUUAAAAAGUUACGGCUAUAGAUCGUCGUUACAAUUAUCGUAUUCAUAAUGAAAUUCAAUUAGGACGGAUCAAACUUUUCGAAAGAAAAUUCUCACGGAUAACAGCUAUACGUAUAAAUUUAAUACCUAAAUUAUGCCCUUUAUAUAUAUACCUCUGAUAAAACUGCAGUGAAAUAAUUGGAAGGAAUAUUUCGAUCGGAAUCGUCGUUUAUAAGAGAAGAGAAAAAUGUAAAUUUAGAUUGAAGUUUGUAGAUGUGUAAAACGUUUAUACCGAAUGAAAUAAUCGUGACGCGAGAGACAAAAGUCAACUGCCUACAAUAUCACGAAAUUCUAGUGACAUUACACAUAUAACGAAAAGGAGGUGCAUUAUUUCCCCAUUGAGAAAAUAAGCGGUACCAUUUUAUUCAUUAGAGCAAUGGUAAAUCUAAGUGCCAAAACCGUUAAUAGUACUUAAAAUCGCCUUAAAACACUCGCAGCGCGACCUCAUGACGUGAUAUGACAACGAAGUCGCGAUGUAAACGAGUUGUCCGUGUAACGUUCGAAUUACAUUAUUCAUCUUAAAAACGUCAAACACGUAGUCGUAAGAUGGUAAACGAAACUGGGCCCUCAUGAAUGGUCUCUGCUUUGUACAUUUCGUACGUUGUAUUACCGAUUAACCGAUGGUAAUUUCGAUAAACCUCUGAGUCUUCCAGUUUUUGUGGAAAAUGGAACGACAGCGACCGUGUUACGUCCUUAUUUCUUAUCAAAACUAACUUGUAGAGUACUUGUGUAAUCUUGUUCUUAAUAACUAUAACAACGAAAGCGUAUGAUAAUAAAGAAGAUAAAAAAAUA